AUGGCUAAAAUCUUGCCGCAGGAUUUGUUGGAGCUGCAGCUCAGCCAAAUUGACCUUCUUCUGGCCAUGUACCCGGAGGACGCGCAAUUGGACUCGAACUCUGAUGCUUCUCGAACGAGUCUUAUUGAAUGGAUUGAAGGCGCAUCAGAAAUGCCUACGCGUGUUUCAUCAACACUAUCAAUAUCGCUCAAUCUUGAUCUAUCCAGCGAGAUAGACGAGCCCGUGGGGUCGCGAUCGAUAGUUUUGGAACUCAUCGUGCCAAUCAAAUAUGAAGAGACGGAGCCACCUGCUGAGCCUUCCCCUGUGCGUAUUAGGAUCAUACAACCGGGAUGGAUGAGCAAGGCCGAGGUGACAAACGUCCAGACCGACAUACCAGAUGAGGACCUCCUGGGCGGCAUCGAAUACGUACGGGAGGCUUGUGUCCAACACAUCAAAUCCAAUCGCGACGCUGCUGCCAUGACAGUGAAUACAGAAUCAACAAGUGAGCCUCUAGUCCGAGUAUGGUUCUACUUUCCGUCCAUCAGCACGCGCUCCAAGAGAGAUGAUCUCAUCAAUCAUGGACCCUCAUACGGACUAAGCGGGUUUCUACUGGCGGGCAAGCCGGGCAUCCUGUGUCUAGAGGGCGGCUCCAAGAGCAUCGACGACUACAUGAAGUUCAUCAAGACCGACAGCUGGGGCGACAUUCCCGCGCACCACAAAAAGGUCAGCGAGCGCCACCGGGAGACGGGCCAGCUCCAGCGCGUUUUUGACGGCAUGCAAGAGAUCACAGACCUGCUUGGCGAGCGCAGGGGCGAGAGGGCCAACCGCAAUGACAUGAAGGCUGUGGAAGCGUGGCUUGAGCAAAGGGGCCUCGGUGAUGCUUUCAAGAAGGUGUUGAUGUGA